AUGUCAUUCCCAACGUACAGUGUGUUCCGGCCGUUCGCCAUAUUCGCAGGAGUGUUUAGCAUAUUUCAAUCCCUGAUAUGGAUCGGCUUUGCAAUUACCGGUAUCGUCGCCUACUACUGCGAAAUCGACUUUUCCGGUCAAACGGAAACGAUGGGAUCGCUACUGACUUUAACGUUCUUCAACGUCUACUUCAGGGGUACUUGCGUGCAGGCGAACAUCCCGGAGAUAGAUAUGUCGCUCGUUAAUCCAUUGAACUUAAUGCCGGCCGGUGAUGUGCACGCGUUCGUGUGGGUCUAUCUUAUAAUGCAUCUGUUUUGGGGCAUCAGCUCGCUAACGCUACUCACAAAUGCACGCCAAAAGUAUGUGAGAUAUAUAAACAUUUUCGUGUACAUCUGGAUAAUCAUAACCAUGAUCAUCAGUGUGCUGGAUCUCGCCCUGGGCAUUCUGUUUGCCAUAGACUAUGACACCUUGGUGCACGUUUUAUAUGAGUAUCCAUUAGGACCAGAGUCGCUAUUGGCGCCGGUACAGGUGCUUGCCACCGCAGUGCACGUUGCCGGCAUAAUGAUGGUGAUGGCGUUCAGAGGAUGGAUAUUCUGGAUCGUCAAUGUGUCGCUCGCGAUCUUCAUGUUUACUCAGACGUUCAAGAUAUACGAUUACAAUCAGAUGCGUCGUAAGACAAAUGGCGCUUCGAAUGGAGGGUACGUCCCGGAGGGUGAUGGAAUGCGACGGGCACCAAUUGAUGCUUAUAAUAUGAGCCAACAGCAACCAAGGGCCCAAACGUUUGUGCAAGCACCAGUGGCACCAUCGGAGUAUCGUCGGCCAUUGGAGCGUAUUAGCGAACGCCCGAUGGAGCUUGAGUCACCAGUGUCCACCCAACCCGAGUGGAGUCAACAGCAGCAGCAGCAGCAACGCACGUUCGAACCAAAGCCUAUCGUAAUCGUCAACCGGACACUCGAGCCGCUGGCAAGCUCGCAACCCAUUGAACCUGCUAUUGAGGAACGGCCAGACAACCGGCCGAUACCGCCACCACCUCCACCAAAGAACUUCAUGAACACCGUCGUACGGCGAGAUGCAGCGGCGGCGAAAGUAGCACGGGAGCUCAACUACCGCAACAGCUUCAACGUCACCAACCAUGGCCUCAAUUCGGUGAACCUGCGUCCUACUGGGCUGAAUCUUACCAACCCGGGACCUCCGACCAACGAUACGGACCUGCCCACACCAAACUACAGUCCGCCGAUGCCUCGAGUCAAUCCGUUCGAAAACCGUCCACCACUGCGAUCGGUACUCCGGAAUUCUCGAUUCCAGUAGUGCGUCCUGGGGUAGUGACUUCGUCAGCAAAUCAUGCACAUUUUUAGA